CAACGUAAGCCAGGCUGUAUUGCCUGAAAGCAACCAUGCGGCGGAUACCAAUCGCACCUCGUGUUUGAUAUGAGUUGGAGGUCAGCACCCUCCUGCGUCAGAUAAUGAUGAGUUGCAAGCCACUGCAUCUUGCAUGUAAUUGCGGAAAUCACAUUCUCACUCCCACCUCGGUUGUCCCCUCUCCCACUUCCAACAUCACAACUCUAGCAAUGCACCCACCCGAUUCCGUAGUCAAAGACGUCGUGGACGAGCUCAUCAUCUACUACUCCGAAUGCCUCUUCGUAUUGCGUGCCCUCAUACCACUGUUCCGUGCCCACAAAAACACUGGCGACUCAAUCCAUACCGUUGCCACGAAGUGUCUUCCCAGAAUCCUACAAGACAGUCAUCAAUUCGCACUCGACCUCAUAACAGAAUACCUUCACAAAACGGAAAUGGACAUCCCAGAGGUUUUGCAUGCCAGUGCACGUAUUGCCUCUCGUUGGGCUAAACAGAACAUGAAGGAGCGACUCGUGACGCUAGAGGUGCUCUUUUGGACAGUCUGGGGGUAUGUUCCUUGCGAUGGUCCUUUGAUUGUUCGAAUAUUUGAAACUGCUUACAACACGAACCUUGGCUCCUCGCAGAAAAACUCAACCCUUUUGUUAGAUGAUGAAGGCAAUCAACUGCAGCAUGAUCGCGCGGCGUUAUGGAUACUUGUCGCUGUAGAGGUCCUCGAGCUGGAGAGAGUGGCAGAGGAUGGAGGAAUAGAGAUUUCGGCAACUCCUUCUGACAAAACAUUUUAUCCCUCUUCGCCAGAGUCGCUCAGACGGAUUCAUGAGAUCUUGACAUCCAACUUGUCCGGCCAGCAUGCGCGCACAUACCUAGCAUGGGCCUUCAUUCUGUCGCGGUUGACAUCAAAAGCUGGUCAAUUGAAAGAGAUUCCAGAAUCGUAUCGCAGGUUUUUAGACUCCCCGCAUCUGCAUCACAAUUGCUAUAAGGAAAGGGAGCCAUCGCAUGUACUUAUGGCACGGGCAGCUUUCAGUCCUGAAGCCGGUCUUUUCAAGCUCUUCUCGACUCUCCUUACAACCUCCCCAUUGUUUGUUACCUCUGUUGCUUGGAAGACAGGGUCGACUGUAACUGACCCGAAUGCUAUUACAUUCCGCUCUGUACUCAAAGGCUUUGUCAUUGCAAUGGUUGAAUUGGUCCUGUUGAACUCAUUACCGACUUCGACUCUUUGGUUGAAGUCUGGAUUGCGCUGUUUGCACGCCGGUGACCUUAAUAUUCUGAGUCGAGGAGGGUGGGUCACCCUAGGGCGGCACGCUAUCAGGUGUGCACCUAUCAACAGGUUAGGCGUGCGGAAGUGACUUCCGCGCGAAGGUCAAAUAUGAUAGGCCCUUCACUCUCUGUUUGUUCGUUCAGGUGGCUGAUGACCUCAGGCUCAUGUUGUGAUAAUCUCUUCGAUGUCAUGGUGGCAUCGGCCAUCUGGGUUUUAUGAACCAU